AUGGACCUCUCACGGCAAGAGUACCCAACCCUGCUGGGCACCCUGCAUCCCGGCCAAGCUACCACCGUCCUGAGCGAUCGCAUUCGAGUCAUUAACAAGGUCAAUGCGGAUAUCGCGGAUUAUCUACAGGAACGACGCCGCGUUGAAGAAGCAUAUGCCCAAGGGUUACGGAAGCUAUCGCAUCGGCCACAGUUGGACAAUGGAGCUGCUCUUGGCAUUUUCCAAAUCCCCUGGCAACGCAUCAUCAGUGCCACCGAAACGCUCGCCGUGUCGCACGAGACCCUUGCGAUCAAGAUCGAAGAGGAUAUCGAACGACCUCUGAGGGAAUUUAAUAGCAAGAAUCCGGAGAUGAAGUCGAUGCCUGGUAUCCAGAGUAAUCUGGCGGGGUUGGCGAAGAAUGUGGAGACGGCACAGAAGAAGGUGGACAAGGCUAGGGCGAAGGGUGUCAAAGGCGCAGAGAAACUUUCUAGCGAGAUUGCCAAUGCCGAAGAAGUCCAUCAGCAAUGGGAUUCACGGGCUCCCUUUGUUUACGAGCAGCUUCAGGCCGCCGAUGAGACCCGGCUCAACCACCUUCGGGAUGUCCUAACACAACUAGAGACCCAUGAGCUUGAUCAAGUCGAGCGUGGUCGCCAGGCCGCUGAAAGCUGCUUGAAUAUUCUCCUCAAUGUGGAAACAGCGGAUGAGAUCAAAACCUUUGCUGCUAGAAUGGCGGGUCCGCGGGUCCCUGUGACGCAGACUAUAGCCAGAAGUCAGACUGAACGGGCAGAGAUACCUUCCGCAAUUGAACCAUUAUCUGAGCGAACCCAGACUGCGCCGCCCGAGCGUCAUUUCUCCACGCCACCAACAGAGGCACCGCUUCCGCCCCCUCCACCGUUCCAGGAUGAUGCGGCAAGCCAACUAUCAGAGACAUCCGAGAGACCUGCUGUCGCUCACACACAGCCAGGUAAGUUUUACAAUUGGGCUACGAUCCCAACCUAG